UUCUCUAUCCGCAUCGCAAGAGGCGAAGUUUCCGAGUGUCCAGUUCAACGAUAAAAGAAAACAUGUCCAUUCAAGAAUACAUUGAGGAGCACGGUCUUGGCAAGAAAGUGGAGGAUGUUAUCAACGCCGCCGUCAAAGCCAAAGCACCUCAGCCGAUCGCGUUCAUGGCCGAGUAUUUGAAGAAGCAGACCCCCGCGGCCAUCACUAAAGUCGUCGCGCGCCAGAUCUUUGACUCCCGUGGAAAUCCCACCGUCGAGGCGGACGUGUACACCCAUAAAGGAAUGUUCCGUGCGAUGACCCCUUCAGGAGCCUCGACCGGCAUACACGAAGCCGUCGAGCUCCGAGACGGCGAUGCCACGAAGUGGAUGGGAAAAGGUGUCACCAGAGCUGUUGAAAACGUCAAUAGCAUUAUCGCCCCGGCACUCAUUGGGAAAGAUCCCACAGAUCAGAAGGGCAUUGAUGAUCUUAUGAUCGAGCUUGAUGGCACUAAGAACAAAGGCAAACUGGGUGCAAAUGCAAUUCUUGCCGUGUCCAUGGCUGUGUCUAAAGCAGGAGCAGCAGAAAAAGAUGUUCCUCUGUAUAAGCACAUCUCUGAGCUCUCGGGGAACACGAAGCUCGUGCUCCCAGUUCCUGCGUUUAACGUAAUCAAUGGAGGAUCGCAUGCUGGUAACAAGCUUGCUAUGCAAGAAUUCAUGAUUCUUCCUGUUGGAGCAACGACGUUCGCUGAGGCGAUGCGAAUGGGUUCCGAGGUUUACCACAAUCUCAAGUCUGUCAUCAAGAAGAAGUACGGACAGGAUGCUUGCAAUGUCGGCGACGAGGGCGGUUUUGCACCGAACAUUCAGGAAAACAAGGAGGGUCUUGAACUGCUUAAAGAAGCGAUCGAGAAGGCGGGCUACACUGGAAAGAUCAAGAUCGGCAUGGAUGUUGCUGCUGCUGAAUUUUACACAGCGGAUAAGAUGUACGACCUCGACUUCAAGACCGAGAACAACGACGGAUCUAUGAAGAAAAGCGGUGAAGAAAUGAUCGCCAUGUACAAAGAGUUUUGCGCCGAAUAUCCAAUUGUUUCAAUUGAGGAUCCAUUUGAUCAAGAUGACUUUGAAAACACCGGCAUCCUCACUAGCUCGGGGGUGUGCCAGGUGGUUGGGGAUGAUCUCCUGGUAACUAAUCCUGAACGUGUUGCGACCGCCAUCGAAGCGAAGGCUUGCAACGCCCUUCUCCUGAAGGUAAAUCAGAUUGGCUCGAUAUCUGAGGCCAUUGAAGCUGUGCGAAUGUCUAAGAAGGCUGGUUGGGGUGUCAUGGCUUCACAUCGCUCUGGUGAGACUGAAGACUCUUACAUUGCUGACCUCUCUGUCGGGCUGGCCACUGGUCAGAUAAAGACUGGUGCACCUUGCCGCUCCGAGCGUCUUUCGAAGUAUAAUCAGCUUCUCCGCAUCGAAGAAGAACUUGGCGCCGAUGCCAUUUAUGCCGGUGAGAGCUACCGUCACAUCGGUUGGUAAAACCUGGCUUGCCGGAGAUGUGCAACGCCACAGAAGCACACGAAACUCAAACAUCAGGACGAUUAACGCAAAGAACUAGACUUUUGUAGUCAGAUGACAAACCGAGGCGUGCAAGUGGCCCGGCUGCUUUUGCCACUUUGCCUCCCUUUUUUAACUAGCGGCGCGGCACAAGCGCGACUGGGGUGGGACCGCCUCCCUCCGGAUGUGCGCGAUAUUUUCCAACACUCCGCGCGGCAAAAGUUGGACAGGUCUCAUCACCGUCUGAACCCCGAUCAAUUGCUAGAGGGUCGCACACGCGCACUUCAAAGGUCCGCACUUGUCGAUAAUCGCCCCUCAGAUCGCGCCAGUUUCCUUGUUUCGCAAGGAUCCGCUCUACCGACCGCGCGCGGGUCGGUGUCGAUAGACACCCGUAAUAAGCGGCUCAGGCGCGAGUGUUCGUAGGGAAACUGCAGUGCCGAGUGCACCAGCAACCUGAUUUCGCGAGAGAUUCACGCGAUGAAGCACGGCGCCGUCGAGAGCAUGUGUGUUGGGUGCCGCGUUGCG